CAGAAAAACGGUCACGACAAACGGUACCCGGAUGGCACCGGCAGACGAACGAAACACUGUAGGCGAGCGGUCGUGUCUCAGAUGCCUAAGAAGAUACAGUUGCACAACCGAAGCAGACCGCACAAGCCGACCAAUCAUAUUUCGUCGUUUCUGGCUGACAGCAGCAAACCACGAGUCGGCUUUGCCGGCUUGGACUGCAUCAGUGAGGGCUAUCUGAGCGACAUUUCCACGCUGACCGAAUACAGUCGGACCGGCAGCCAGAAAAUGGCACACAAGGAGGUGGAGAAAGGUUCUAAAAACGGUCUGGAUUGCAACGACGUUUGCAGCAUCUCUUUGUUACCGAGCGACGACCGACCCGAUGUGCAAGUUCUCGGUGCUGACCAGCUGGUGAUGGUGGUCGUCUUUUAUUUACCACCAGCCGCUGUCCGACCAUUCGGUUGUCUCGAAACUCCUUUCGCCUCGCCGGAUGGUCAUCGGCCUGACUUGCUUCGAAGAAUACGCGGCCAGUGA